CUUAUUUUACAACUCUUUUUCUCUAUGCAAUUCCUUUUCUUUUCAAAGAAAAGAAUAUAUUUUUCAAGAAAUUCACUAUUUUUAUUUUUUUUUCUCUUCAAAUUCUUGAUUGUUAUUAUGAUAUGAAUCUCUAGUUUUCUCUUUUUUUUUUUUUAAUUUUGCAGUGUGCCAAGAAAAAAAUUGAAUAAAAGGAAUAUCUGGAUUGAAAAUCUUGGCCCUGCGAAAGAAGAUUUAAGUCUCUUUUUUUUUUUUGGUACGAAAGAUGAACGGAAUGUCAAUGGACAAUUUUCGUGGCCUCAUUUUGGCUGUUUCAUCGAGCGUUUUUAUUGGAUCUAGCUUUAUUAUCAAGAAACAGGGUCUUAAGAAAGCUGGAGCAUCGGGACCAAGAGCCGGGCAAGGAGGACACUCUUAUUUGUAUGAACCUUGGUGGUGGGCUGGAAUGAUAACCAUGAUAAUCGGGGAGAUAGCUAAUUUCGCUGCUUAUGCGUAUGCUCCUGCAAUUCUUGUAACACCAUUGGGAGCCUUAAGUAUUAUUUUCAGUGCAGUGCUAGCACAUUUUAUUUUGAAAGAGAGAUUGCACAUCUUUGGUAUGCUUGGAUGUGCUCUUUGCGUAGUUGGCUCUACAACCAUUGUCUUACAUGCUCCCAAGGAGAGACAUAUUGAAUCUGUGAAACAAGUAUGGCAUCUUGCAACUGAGCCAGGAUUUCUUGUAUACUUUUGGGUUGCUUUGGCUGUGGUAGCAGUGAUUAUUUUUCAUUAUGUUCCACGCUAUGGCCAAACCCAUUUGGUAGUUUAUAUCGGAAUCUGCUCUCUUAUGGGAUCUCUUACGGUAAUGGGUGUUAAAGCAGUAGGAAUCGCGCUGAAGCUGUCGUUUGGAGGAGUGAAUCAGUUUAAAUACUUCGAAACAUGGAUUUUCACAAUAAUUGUGAUCUUUUGCUGUCUUCUGCAAAUAAAUUACUUGAACAAGGCUUUAGACACCUUUAAUACUGCUGUUGUGUGUCCUGUUUACUAUGUCAUGUUCACAACAUUCACCAUUAUUGCCAGCAUUAUCAUGUUUAAGGAUUGGAAUUCACAAGGCGGGACAGAGAUUACAACAGAAUUAUGUGGAUUUAUUACAAUUUUAUCAGGCACAUUUCUCCUUCACAAAACCAAAGAUAUGGGAAAAAGUUCCAGUGGCAGACUCCCUGUUUAUUCAUCUCCUGAAUCAAAUACAGUUGCCGAAUCUAGAUAGUUAGCCCUACAGGUUUGGAAUUCGUAUUUGGAUUCUAAUCCUUAGUUUUCUUGCAUUUAGUUUCGUACAAGAAAGAUAAAAAAAGAAAAAAGAAAAAAAAGAGAAACAAAACUAGAAUUAGGAUGGUUUUUUUUUUUAAUUUGAGGUUUUUGGACAUUUUCUAUGUGAAAAGUUGCUACUAAAAUGUUUAAGAAAUAGGUUUU